AUGGAUUCCAUCACCAAGGCCAUCAUCGGCAACAAGGUCAAGGGCAUCACCGACUCGAUGGGCUUCAACGACGAGGAGGAGGACCCCGAGGUCCAGGCCCGCAAGAAGGCCGAAAUGGACAAGGAGAAGGAGCGCCAGGCUCAGGAGGACGCCGCGCGCAAGGAGCGCCUGAAUGAGCGCCACGCCGAGCGCGAGCGCCGGUACGAUGAGAUUCGUGCCCGGCACGGCCUGCCCACCCGCAACCCGGUCCCCCCGCCGGCGCCGCCCCCGGCCGAAAGCGAGUCCUCCUGCCAGGUCAUGUAG